UUCUCUUUCAAACGCUGCUGACAUCCUGAUAUUUGCGUUGUAAGCCUGUGAGAAAGGCAGCAUCACUGCACAGUCUGCACACAAAGGCGCAGGGCAGGAGGGCAGGAUGUCUGGGCAGCUCCUCAGCACCUUGGCGCUCCUCUGCAUCUUCAUCGCGGUGGCGGCUUCAAACGGCCCAUCUUUAAAGGUGUUUGAAAGGCCGAAGGUCAUCACCCUCAUGCAGCUCAACGCCUCUGCAGAGAUCUCCUGUUCCACCACUGUCCAUCCUCAGCCUGGUCGAGGGCUGCAUGGACUGUCUCUGAAGCGGUAUUUCAGCGGAAAUGAAGUAGUGUUCUACCAGCAUAUGGUCGACAAGACUCAGACGGUACAUCGGGACUUCGAAGGCAGAAUCUCGGUCACUCAGAAAUCCAGCGACUGCUGUGAGUUCACCUUCCAGCUGUCUUUGCUGAGGGAGGAGGACACCAACGGCUACUACUGCAGUUGGGUCACCUUCAAUGAGAACGAAGUGGAAACAAGUAGUCUGGACAGCAACUACACGCUCAUCAUAGUUCGGGAGCGCGACCCUGAAGAGCUUUGCACCAGGCCAUCGGGCAAUCAGCUGCAGCGGCUGUUCCUCGGCCUGAGUGGGGUGGUGUGUGCCGGCAUGUUCCUCAUCUCUGCUGGGGCCCUGAUAUGGAGGUGUUUGCUGGUAUGUCCUGAGAAAGGGGGAAAAAGCAUCUUGGGAUAAAAAUGGGAACAGGCACACAGACAGAAAGAGAAAGGGGAAUGGCCGCUCAG